CGCGUCGAGUGUACAGGAACGUCGCGUCGCGCCGCGCGUUUACCGCGGAUUUGAUCAGCAGCUCUCAGGGUGAACACAAACGGGGGUGUGGUUUAGAUCAAUAACUACCUCAGCCUACAAUAAAAUAAAAAAUACUGCAAAGCACUCCGAGGGCAGAGAGGCGGUGUCGAUCAGAUCCGGAGCACAGGGUCGCUUUAUGGAAUAUAUGUCGUUUUAUUCUUUUCAUUGAGAUAAUGACAUUUUGUGGACGCCGAUUCUCCAGUCGAGGCUUUCAGACGCAUACAGUUGGUCGAGGAUGAGGAGGAGGAAGAGAAGUUUUCAUUGAACUGCCGUUUUAUUACAAUAUGGGAUGGACGGUACGUUCCUGUGAAUGGUUAAGUGGUCUGAAUUUGGGGAAACUCAGCCCUCAUUGACUGAUGUGUAGAUUUCCUGCAGCGCGGUGUAUUUAGAUCUACAGUCACUGACUUACAUAAGAGCGCUUUGUGUGAGGAAUUGCGCAAAGAAAUCCCGCCGUUUAACGCGUUUGGACCCAGUGCUGCAUACACUGAGGACAAAGGAUCUUCGCUUGAUAUAUGUUUAUUUUUGUUGUUUACCUGGAUGAAAUGUACACUGAUGGAACAAACAGCAAACCUGUCCAGCUAGGACACACCAGUGUUGUCUCUGAAAGAUCAUUACCCCAAUAAUUAGAAUCUGCCAAUCAUUCCUGAGGCUCACUGGGAUUAAUUUAAGUCUAUUCUUGGGAAAGGAGAAACUUCUGAGUUCCUCUGAAAGCACUAAAUGUGUGACAUAAGGUGUACCACAACUACAGAAAGAUGAACAACACUCUGCAAGACAGAAACAUGUUCACAGUACAAGCAGAUGUUAUAUUUCACGCAGCCAACCCUGACUCUCCAGAAUCGCCUAUCCCAGGUGAAGGGAACAAUAACAAUGUCCCGGCUUUGGGGAAAACGGGCAUCCCCAGCAUGGAAAUACUGCAGGGUCUCCCAGGUGCAUGGGAUACAUCAGAAUCAGGAGGUUUAACUGACAACAGGAGUCUGGGAAACAACGGCGCUGUAACAGGUGCAGAAUACACACAAGAUGCUGUCUCCAGUGACAGUGGAUUUCAAGAGCACAUACAGCCUCUAGACUCAUCUAGAGCACAAAAUCUGGACCUUAGUUUGAGAAAUAUGAGUGAAGCUUCAAGUCAAGGAAACAUUAGAGAAGAAACAAAUGGAACAAAGGUAGCUUCCAGUUUGGCACCCUCUCUGUGCUUCAGAGCAGAGAACAAGAAGGAAAUUGACGAAUUAUCCAAUGUCCUAAAUGAUGGCCAGGUGCUUCGGAGUCACUUUGACAUUAAAAAUGUCUCCUCCACCUCAAAGGACAGAAAUAAUUCCUAUUCAAGCUCUCAAGAAACGAGGUCACUUGAAAAAACCCUGGGAUGCUUUAUAAGUUCCUCUGAAGGAGCAGAUCAGACCUGCUACAGAACAUCAUUUGGACAGACUAGGCUGGAAUCGAGCCAAGGGCUAAAGCCAACUGGAUCUGCAGUAAGAGAUGCUCUAUCUGCAAAGGAAGAGCCAAAUUUAGUCAUAGAGGUGGGCGGACAGAAAAUACAAGCACACAAAUCGGUAUUAGCUGAGAAAAGUGAUUAUUUUAAGGCUAGGCUCUCUCGAGACAUCCUGAAGAUAAAAGGAAUGAGCUACAAGACCUUAUUGGUGCUUGUAGAUUAUGUGUACUCCUCCCAGAUGAACGUAAGCAAAGAUAAUAUUGUGGAUGUCAUCACAGGAGCAAAGAUCCUGCAGAUGCCCUGUGCGGUACAAGCUGCUAUCGACACCAUAUCCACACAGAUCACGCCAGAGAACUGCUAUGAAAUCCUAACGAUCGCCAAAAAGCAGCGCCUAAACGAACUGAAAGAAACCGCCUAUCGAUUCAUGAGUGACAACUUUCUCCAGGUUCUGCGAGAUCCAGCGGUCUACGGGCGCCUCACGGGCUCAGAGAGAGACCUCAUACUGCGCAAACGGAUGGAGAACCGCCAGUGUCUGAUGGUGGCGGAAAUCAAUGACGUGUUUGAGCGUGUAGGAAGUAGACCGCCCAGCAGAAACAGCAGCCGUCCCCAGAGUCCUCUCUCCAUCACGUCUUUUGAGGACAAUCACAUGAUCUACUACUACAAUAAGAGCAGUAAGGACUGGCACACCCUGACCGUCAUGCCAGAAGACAUCAACACCAGAGGCUGCGGUAUCUGUACCAUGUACAACUACUUGUUCGUGGCCGGCGGGAUCAGGGGAACUGGGGAGAAAAGCAAAGUCUCGGACAAAGUGUUCUGCUACAAUCCCAUCACAGACCGCUGGAGCGAAGUCCGACCCAUGAACCAAGCACGGUCGCAACUCAAACUCGUCUCCAUGGACGGGAACCUCUACGCCAUUGGCGGUGAAUGUCUUUUCACGGUGGAGAAGUAUGACCCUCGAAUGGACCGCUGGACGGCGGUGGCUCCUCUACCCAAAGGAGCGUUUGCGGUAGCUCACGAAGCCACUACUUGUAACGGCGAGCUGUACGUCUCGGGAGGGUCUCUGUUCUAUCGGUUGCUCAAAUAUGACCCCAAGAGAGACGAAUGGCAGGAGUGUCCAUACAACAACAGCAGGAAAAAGUCCACAGACAUGGUGGCUCUCAAGAGCUUCAUCUACCGAUUUGAUGUAAACCGUGAACAGGGCAUUAGUGUCUUUAAAUACAACACCAUCGUGAAGAUGUGGCAUGACUGCGCCUCCCAGCAGCAGGGCUGCACACUGCCGUUUCGAUGCGCUGUCAUCGAUAAUUGCAUCUACUGUGUGAAUAAAUCUCAGACUCUUCAGUUCAGUGUAGAAGAGGAUGGAGGUCGAUUCAAAGACGAGUCUCUGAAAGCACCUGUGGAGGCCAAAGGGAUCUUAUUCCCCUUUGUUCUCAGCUUGCCUGAGAGAGGUGGAAGAAUUGCAUGAGUAGCAUAUUUCAUCUCCCGGAUGACCCUUCGCAGUCGCUCCAGACCUGAAGAAAGAGAAUGCCUGGUCAAUAUUUAUAGAUUAAACAUUAUCUCCAGAGAAGUUCAACAAGCCAGCACGUAGUGCUUGAAACUGGAAUGUGUUUCUUUGCAUGGUAAGAAGAACAUGUAAAACAAAUGUAUGUUUGGCGCCUUAAAAUCACAGCUCCACUAUUCAACUUUAGAAGACGUUUAUAGCUCAUUUGUGCAGUCUCUUCCUUCAUUUGUUUUGUGCACUUUGUAUCGGUUAAACUUUGCUGCUGGAAUUUGCAAAAAAACCUAAAAAUUAAUUUGUAUAAAUGCUGGUUUGUACUGCACCGACAUCCCUGACCAACAGCAAUUCCAUGACCCAACUAUAACAAAAUUAAACAUUUAGUUUCUGAACACUGAACUCUGACCGACUCGAACACACUGCAAAAGGGGUAAACACAUUGAUCCCACUAACUCAACAAACUUCUCUGUCGGUGCAGUUUGAAUUAGCCUUAAAAUGGCAAUUAAGAGCACAAAUGAACAAUUGAAGCACAUCAUGUAAUAAUGUGACCCUGUUUCCUAGCAACAGAUUCUAUGCAAAUAGAUUUUGAAGUAAAAAUGAUACAUUUUUGAACCACAUAGAAAAGCCUGCAAAAAAAACAGCUCCAAUUCUAGAACUUUGAUACAGCAGGGGUCAAUAAAUGUUCUGAAGCAGCUGAAGGAGAAGCCAUAACCUUUGCUAACAUUAGGGAAACAUUAAGAGCACAAAUCACUUGACCUCUGUAACCGCUGCUACUCAGAUAUUACUGGAUCUUACAGGUGUAAAGUUCAAACCAGUCCAUUUCUAUGACAGCACACUCAGCGGCUCAUUAGCUCUGAGACCCUUUUGGGAGAGAUUUUAGCACUUUCAUUGGGGAGAGUCCAGAAGGCAAAAAAAAGUUUCUGUUCCUUAUUUCUGAAUCAUUGCCAAAGAUAAAAGUUGAUAUUUUGCAGGCAGACAAAAAUUAAUUUAAAUUGCAUUCUCAUGAGCAAUACAUUGUUUGUUUGCAAAAUGUAUCAUUUAUCAGUGUUUUGGGAUUUAAGAUUACAGCACAAUACAGAAAAUAUUGUCUUGGUGUUGUCUUAUGAAUUUAGGCUGAACCCAUCAAAGACAGACAGGGUCACAGAACACAAAACAUUCAUAUGGUGUCCAUGGCAUGUAAUGAGGCAUUAUAUGUAAUUUUUAACUUGGAUGUUGCAUUGUGUGUAGACACCCUGUGAUAUUUAGUGUCCAGGAGUAUUUUACUGAGAUAUAAUUGUUCACGCUUCAGUAUUUCCCCUAGACAUUUCUGAAUUGAUGGAGGAUGCGAGAUGAUUAAUAGCUUGAGGAUGUGGAUUUUCUAAAUGUUUCUUUAGUGUAAUUCUGCUGAAAUAAACUUAAGGGAAUUUAAAUAUGAAUGUUGGUAUGAUUAUGAACUUGAAUGUGAAUGUUUUCGUAUCUUUUUGAAUUAACCCCAUGUGCUUUAAUCACUUUUAAUGAAGCUUGACAACACAAUACCAGUAAACAUCAUUCAAAAAUUAAUCGACUAAUGAAUUAAUCAUAAAUCCUUUCCAAUUUUGCAGUGGUUCCUUUUGUAUGGUAACUGCUUUUGUCCGUUUUUCAAAUAGCCUGAGAAUUGGAAAACCCUUCAAACAUUCAGAUGAAAGUGUCUAUGACACUGGUCGUAUGGGGGUGUGUGAUUGGGGCAUUGCUUGCUGGGUUGCUGAUGUGUAUAAACCUAUUAUGCUUUUAAAACAAAUUGCUUAAUGGCUUCACUUUUUCAGUGGCUCUAUGUCAGUUUAACGUCUCACAAACUAAUGUUUCUGUGUUUACAAUAAAAUAUAUUUUGCUUUCCUGGUUCAUUAUUUUAGCUGUUUUUGUUUUACUUUUUCACCAGAAUGGAAUUAAAUGUUCUUUGUAGAGAGAUCUGAUUUAAUUCGAUGAGCACUGCUCUCUGUUCUGUGUAGGGUGUGACAUGGCUGCAGAGGUUUUCUUGGAGCACUGAUGCCAUCUAGAGGAUGGAGUCAGU